UCAUUGUAUUGAACUUAUGUAUAAAUAUUUCCUACCUUGAGAGAAGAUAGAGAUUGAAAUAGGAAGAGAGAAAUGGAAAACGAUAAAGGUACAAUUUGUGUGACAGGAGCAACGGGGUAUGUGGCAUCAUGGCUGAUUAUGAAGCUUCUUCAACAUGGUUACGCAGUUCAUGCCACCGUUAGAUCACACCAUGUUAAAGAAAAGAAAGACUUGAGCUAUCUUACAAAUUUACCAGAAGCAUCAAAGAAGCUAACUAUCUUCCAUGCUGACCUUGAUGAUUCAAGUAGUUUUGAAAAAGCAAUACAAGGUUGCAUUGGAGUUUUCCAUCUAGCACACCCUAUGGAUGUGCAAAACCAAGAGCCAGAAGAAAAGGUGACAAAAAGAGCAGUGGAAGGAACCCUAGAAAUUUUGAAAGCAUGUUUGGAAUCAAAGACAGUGAAAAAAGUGGUUUACACUUCUAGUGCAGCAACGGUUUUGUUCAAUGAUAAGAAUCUUGAUGUGGUGGAUGAAGAUAUUUGGAGUGAUAUUGAUAUUUGUAGAAGUAGUAACCUUGUUGGAUCUUCUUAUUUGGUGUCUAAAAUUAUGACUGAAAAGAGUGUUUUAGAGUUUGGAAAAGUGAAUGAAUUGGAGGUUGUUAGUUUGGUUCUUCCUUUGGUUGUUGGCCCCUUUAUUUGCCCUAAUAUACCUUCAUCUGUUUAUAUAGCACUCGCCAUGAUCUUUGGAGACCAAGAUAGAUACAAGUAUCUCACCAACUCAUACAUGGUGCACACAGAUGAUGCCACUCGUGCACUUAUAUUUCUUUUUGAGUCAGAAAAUGUUAAUGGAAGGCUUAUUUGUUCCUCAGACAGAAUAUCAUUUCAUCAAUUGUAUGAAUUGCUUUGUCAAAGAUAUCCAGGGUAUAACAUAACAAUACCAAAUUCAAUGAACACAAAAAAUGGUGAUAAAAAGUUCAGUGAUCUAUCAUCAAAAAAGCUCUUGGAUACUGGGUUCAAAUUUAAGUACAGCGUCAAUGAUAUGUAUGAUGGAGCUAUACAAUGCUGUAAAGAGAAGGGCAUUCUUUAGUUCAUCUAUGGGAUCAUGAAAUUUAUCAUGAUAAAAUUUUUAGAGGAAAUUUAUUAUGAUAAUUGAAGAACAAGAAAAUACGCAUAAUAUUGCUGACUUACAUAGACUAGGAUAUUCAAUUUGUUUGAUAUUUAAUAUUUUGCUUCGGUAAUUUGGGUUUUCAAUUUGAGCUUGUUUUAUUGUUAGUUUAUAAUUUCAUUUUUUUGUAAUGUUUUAUAAUUUAACUUAAUGAUCUAAUUCUGUCAGAAAAAAACUUAAUGAUCUAAUUUAAUUUAAUGAUUUUAUUC